UGAACCGCCAUGUUUGUAAACAUUUUAAAAUUCUGAACCUGGCAAGUUGUAAAGAUGCCCAACUCCAAGCUUGUUCCCUUCAGACUCAGUCCCAAUGAAGAGGCACGCAUCAUUAAACAAGAAAGAGAGAGAAGACGCAAAGAAAGGAUUAUACAGGUGGGGAACAAUCAAAAGUAAAUGCCUUGAAGAUCAGGGAAGCUGUUAAGAAUGAGAAACAGAAACAACUGCAGCUUGUUGCUGAGAAUUUGCUGCAGGAGUAUGAGAAGGAAAAGCAGGAGAAGCUGUCUAAGCUGCAGGAGGAUUACAACAAAACUUUACAAACAGUCGGCAAGGCACACCAAUCUGCAGAUGACUGGGACCCUAAGACCGAGGAGCGUUACAUUGUAUGGCAAGAAGACAACAAACGUGCGGAAGCUCGCAACAGAGUCGCAAUCGCCAAAAUGAAGGUAGAAAAAGAGGAGAAAGAAAAUGAGCAGACGAAACACAUUGUAGCAAGAAAACAUGCCAUUGAGAAGGAAAGGUUGCGUGCAGCCAGGGUUGCAGCCAUGCCCCCUCCCCCACCAGAUCCUCUAGCUAACCUUGAGCAAUCUAAAGUGAAAAAGUCAGUUCAGUUGACAGACUUAGAUGCCUUUUCUAGUACACAUUAUCAUUUGCAUGGAGAUGUUGCUGUAGAGAGAGCUGAAGCGGAAGAACAGGGAGAUGCAAGGGCUGAUGCUGUUGAUGAAGAAGAGAGAAUACAAUACAGACAAGAAGAGGACCUCAGAGUGAACACAGAACAUGUGGAGAAGGCAAGACUCAGACACAAACAUGCUCUGAAGAAGGUCAUUCUGAAACAGGAUUAUGAAAACAUUCUACAUGACCUUAGUGAUCUGCAGAGGGAGGAUGUUCACAGGAGACAACAGCUUGUGACCAACAUUCCACGCCAGAUAUUUCAACCUCCACAUAGAAGAGUUGAACAACGUGAAGAUAAACAGAGACAACUAGAGGAGAGGUUUGAAGACAUGUAUAUGCAAGCAACAGAUUUCAUAGGUGACAUGAGUCUUGCCCUUGACCCCCAUCCUGUUCCUGCAACCCCCAGCAGUGAAGCAAGCCUUGAUCUGACCCUAGAUGCCUCACAGAAUGAUCACUCCCAACUGGAACAAACUGACCAAUCCCCAGUAGAUGUGAUUAUUGAACAACCAGUGGCUGUUGCCCCUGGAGUGCAACAUGUAGACCCCAUAAAAAUUCCACAGGCAAGAGUGGAGGAAACUGGUCCUGAUUUACAGAAAAAGAAACCAGAUGCUGUCUUGAAAAAACUUCUGACUAAAAUCAAGAGCCAAAGAGAUGACUGGCUGACAAGUUCAACUGAUCAGAUCCCUGAAGUUGAGCAAAAGCAGCAAGCCAAGCCAGAAAAUGUCAAACAGAGUGUUGAUGAAGUUAUUGUAAAGGAUGGACAAUCAGCUAAUGAUACUCCACAAAUAUCCAAAGAGAAAUCACUUGAAGUGCAGGGUUCUGAGAUUUCAGACACAGUCUCUGCAGAUUCGAUCUCCCAGUACCCAAUCUCCCAAAAGACAAGCUCAACAGUAUCUCACCAGGCUGACUCCACUGUGUCACCUAAGGAGGUCUCCAUGGAGUCUCAACAAUCUGGCUCCACUGUGUCAGAGUACCCUAUAUCGGAGCAGGCAGUCACUGCAGUGUCUGAUGGCAGAACAAACACUACAGAAAGACUUAUAGAAACUGUUAGAAAAUCACAAGACCCAUUCUCUCUGAGACAGCCCUAUGAUGAUGCUAUUGAAGUGUUAGAAUCACUUCAGAGACAACAACAAGAGCUUGAAGAACAUCAACGUGAUAGAAAGACUACAGAAGGACUGGCAACAGCUGGAAUAGACCAACAACUAAUUCAGCAGACUAUGCGUGAACCUCAUCCUAUAUUGGGAAAAACUGAGUCUGAGCAAAAUAUAGUGACUAAUGAUCAAAUAACUAAUGAAUACAAAGCACAUGAAUCACCCCAUAAUAAAUCCCCAGCUCAUGAAUCACCCCAUAGUGAACCUCAACAAAUAGACAUCAUCGACUUCUCAAAACUGAAUGAGCAAAAUGAACAAUUUGAGAAGAUCAAGUCUCAUCAGAGAGAAAUCCUGGAGAGACAUCGAAUUAUUGAGGAACGAGAACUUAAGAGAAAGGAAGAGGAGAGAAGACUGAUCGAGAGUGAAUCAACUGCAAAACAAGAAAUUGAUGAGAUCAGAAAAUAUCAACAGUUGAUUCUUGACCAGCAUGCCAGGAUUCAGUCGCAGAAGGAUCAAAUUGAGAAACAAGGAUUAGGUGUCCAAAAAGAAUUCAAGAGUCAGUUUUUUCAAGACUUGCAACAACAUCAAAAUCAGUCAUUACAACAAGAAGUACAACAACAACAAGAAAGACAACAAUGGAGUCCAUUAUCAGAAGACAGUAGUUUACAAAUGACACCUCUAACCCCUGAGUUACAACCUGUGACCCCCAAAUCAAAAACAAGAUCACCACUAUCAGAGCAUUCCCCAUAUGACCCUAAAAGAUAUGAUGUUGAACAUCACUAUGAUAAUGAAGACCUUGAGGAAGAUAGAGCUCAGCAUGGUUCAUAUAAUAUCCAAGCUCCAUUUGAGAUUUAUGAAGAUCAAACCACUGAACAAACACAAAAACAACAAGGUAAUACAGAGCAUGUCACUCUGGGGUAUCCUCAGCAAUUAGAUACUGAAGAGACACCAGAAAGACACAGUGAUCAACAGUUACUUAAAACAAGGCCAUUUGAUGAGUCACAUCGGGCAAUCACAAAGGAAAAUACUGUGGUAGCUGACAAACAGUUUCCAAAGUUUGGAUCGUCUAGUUUUGCUGAUUGGGGCAAAGAAAUGGAAAGAUAUAGACAGUCUACAACACUAGCACCAAAUCAGCCUGCCCCUGGUUUACAAUAUGAACACCCCAAAUCACACACCCCUCAAUUCAAACCUGGAGCCCCAAAUUCAGUUACAUUUGCUUCACCAAACAAUCAGAUAUCAUUUAAUUCUGAGACAACUUCUCCAUCCUCACAAUAUAUCAGUCAUAUACAGAGGGAUUCUGAUUCACAAUUAGAAGAUCCCAGAUUGGGCCACCUUGGAUUACAAUCUGGGGACCCCAGAUCUAGUUUUGUUGGGGAACCAAUGAGAUCAUUUGAAGGUCUGUCUCAAGAAGAGAUUGCGAGGAUACAGAGAUUACAACAACAUCAAAUGAAGCUGAUUCAGAAGCACAAGGAAAGUGAUGAGAACUUGAGACUGAUUCAGAAUAUGAUUCAACAGAAAAAACUGCAGCUUCAACAGACUUAUGGUCCUACAACCACAAAGGAACCUCCAGUUCAACAAGGUUACUCCACACAAACUGAUGAUGUCAUCAACAAGGAUGAGUUAUCCAUCCCACAAAAUGAUGACAUCACAACAAGGGCUUUAUAUCAAAGACUGGAAUCAGAAAGAAGACAGAAAGAAAUGCGGCAACAACUUGAUAGACUACGAAUUGAAAAACAACAAAUCUUAGAAAAAAUAAAAGGCACCCCAGAGCCCCCAAAACACGCUCCACCACCCACAAGAAAAGCACCUUUAGAUAAUGUGCAGUUUCAUGAGCUAAGCACGAUUCAAGAGGUUGAAACUCCUAAACCUGCUCAAAGAUUUACAUUGCCCCCAUUUGACACUUCUUCUAGCGUAUCACCUGGUUCAUCAACCGGGAAUAGUUAUGCCUCUCCAAGUGAUAGACACCCCAGCUUUAACAUACUUGACUCGGUAGGUGCAAAUUUUAGAAAACAGGUACAAUUCGAACGUAUGGAUCAGGCACCAAUAGUGUUAGCCACAGAUACAAGCAGCGGAGGUACUCCAGAUAAUGGAAGAGCUGUUGAUAUUGACAGAGGGGUUACUCCAGAGAGUGGAAGAGCCACUGCAGACUCUGGAUUCUACACCAAAACAUUGCCUGAGCUCCAACAAGCAUUAGAGAGGGAAAUGAAUAAAAAGAGUCCAACUGGACAGGGUCUCUACUCUGAAUCUGAUUAUCAAAGGCAAUUUCCCCAGCAGAGACCUUCCAUACCACAAGCCACACUGAAACCUCCAUCAAUGCCCUUCCCUUCUGAACCAACUAUGCAUCAGGCUUCAGUAACAAAUGCUCCAUAUCUGGGUGAUGUAUCUACUGGAUAUCCUCCCUCUCAAUAUGUUAACACGUCUCAGCUCUCGCAUAGUGACACACAUUCUUUAAGGCAAGGAAUCGAACAGACUUUCCAGGAUAGUGCCACACAACCUUUCCAGCAUUGGACUCUUCCAGAGCCCACCAGAGGGACCCAUCUGUCCACAAGUGGAGGAAGCAGCCCUGAGAGCCCUCUAUUGACAGAUCCUGAUGAACUGGUUGCCAAAUAUCUUGCCCAAGCUCAGCAAAAACGACAACUUGAUCCUCAUUCAGGAGUGCCAGAAGGAGGGAUGAUGUUUCAUGGAAGAGCAGAUGGAGGGAUUUCAACACUUGGAAGAGCCAGGGGAGAGGGUGUUGGAGCAUCAUCCAAUGGAGCAAACACCUCAACACAUUUUUCUGAUAUUGCAGGUUCAUUAGAAGAUGGGUUCCAUCCUGACACAAGUGGUAUAAGUCUGCAGUCCACAGCAGAAAAACAGAAGCCUGGGAGACUAUUCACACUGGACCAUACACAGUCUACAUUAGGUGAUGAGCUGAGUCAAUAUCCAUUAGAUGAGACAACAACCUCCAUGCAGAGUCAGAAACAACCUCUCCAAAGCAGGUAUCAGCAAGGUACUGUCAUACUCCCUGGCAGGCAGAGGUCACCUAGGGAACACCAAGAUGCUGAAAGAUUAAGACAUGUCUACAAACCUUUAGAUGAGACUCAGGAAACACAUACUUCAAUACUGAGUGACCAACAUACAAUGUCCAGUAUAGACAGUCCAAAUACAAUAGUCGAGAAAUACCUCUCUCAAGCCAAAGCUCAACAACAAGCUAUGUCUCAACAAGGCAAGUCACAACAACAAGGUAUGACACAGCAAGGUAUUACACAGCAAGACAUGUUACAAGCACAAAGCA